UUAAUGAAAACGCUAAAGAAAGUAAAGGAGCAGCGAUGAGAUCGGUCGUCCGUAAACAACGGAUAGAUCUGUUGUCGAUGUUUGUUGUUUUUGGAACUCCGCGUCGAUUCAGCGUCGACGUUUCUCUCGUAUGUUCUGCAUAAUCCAAAUCGUUUUCAGAGUAUAAAUUUCAUCAAACCCCCGCUUAUUUUGGCAGCUAUGGAGGAUAAACCAUUAGGGAUUCUGAGGGUUCAUGUGAAAAGAGGGAUUAAUCUUGCCAUUCGUGAUGCCACCACCAGUGAUCCUUAUGUUGUUAUCACAUUGGCUAAUCAGAAACUGAAGACGCGUGUGAUUAAUAAUAACUGUAAUCCAGUGUGGAACGAACAACUGACCCUUUCCAUCAAAGAUGUGAAUGAUCCAAUCCGUCUGACGGUGUUUGAUAAAGACAGAUUCUCGGGAGAUGACAAAAUGGGUGAUGCAGAAAUAGACUUUAGGCCGUUUCUCGAAGCUCAUCAGAUGGAGUUAGAUUUCCAGAAGCUCCCUAAUGGUUGUGCUAUCAAGAGGAUCCGUCCAGGCAGGACCAACUGUUUGGCUGAAGAGAGCAGCAUCACUUGGAACAAUGCGAAAAUCACACAAGAGAUGAUUCUUAGACUAAAGAAUGUGGAGUGUGGAGAAGUAGAGAUUAUGCUCGAGUGGACUGACGGUCCAGGAUGCAAGGGUCUGGGACGCGAAGGAUCCAAGAAGACACCAUGGAUGCCAACAAAACGAUUGGACUAAGAUUGCAGAAAUGUUAAAACAGAGACCGUGAAGACAUGAUGGUACUUUUUUAUUCUUUUCAUGGAAAGACGAGUUUGUCUUUGUCUCAUCAGAUUUGAAAUUGCAAAAAAAGGCUCUGCUUUGGUCUUUAGCUGUACAUGUCGAAUAACUCAACCCUUCUAUAUAUUGUAUCUAUUUCUACUAAUGAAGAAAUAAAGCAAACCCUGAAUUUCUAGAAACUCUUCGAGUUUA